AUGCCCCAGUACUCUCUUGCCCCAGUACAUUCUGACCCCAGUACACUCUUGCCCCAGUACACUCUUGCCCCAGUACACUAUUGCCCCAGUACACUCUUGCCCCAAUACACUCUUGCCCAGUACCUCUUGCCCCAGUACACUCUUGCCCCAGUAAACUCUUGCCCCAAUACCUCUUGCCCCAGUACACUCUUGCCCCAGUACACUAUUGCCCCAGUCCUCUUGCCCCACUCUGCCCCAUCCUCUUGCCCCAGUACCUCUUGCCCCAGCUCUUGCCCCAUACCUCUUGCCCCAAUGCCUCUUGCCCCAGUACCUCUUGCCCCAGUACCUCUUGCCCCAGUACACUCUUUGCCCAGUACAUUUGCCCCACCUCUUGCCCCAGUACCUCUUACCCCAGUACCUCUUAUACACUCUUGCCCCCAGUACACUCUUGCCCCAGUACUCUUACCCCGACCUUGCCCCAACCUCUUGUCCCAGUACUCUUCCUACCUCUACCCCAGUACACUCUUACCCAAUACCUCUUACCCCAGCCUCUUGCAAACACUCUUGCCCCAGUACCUCUUGCCCAUGCCUCUUGCCCCAGUACCUCUUGCCCCAGCACAUUCUUGCCCAGUAAAUUCUUGCCCCAUACCUCUUGUACACUCUUGCCCCAGUACACUCUUGCCCCAGUACACUCUUGCCUCUGUACGCUCUGAGUUCACAACUAAAAGCACUCCCUCCAUUAUUUACGCUUGUGCACACUCUCCCUCUCCUCUGUGCACUCUCCCUCUCAUCGGUGCCUCUCCUCUCUGUGCACUCUCCCUCUCAUCGGUGCACUCUCCCUCUCCUCGGUGCACUCUCCCUCGGUGCACUCUGGGUGGCAUCACUUGUCUACCUCCCUGA